AUGUUCGAUUGCUCGAGUGGCCAUUCAAAGCACAAGAAACGCAAGCAGCUUCAGACGGUGGAGAUUAAGAUCAAGAUCGAUUGUGAAGGAUGCGAAAGGAAAGUGCGGAGAUCGGUUGAGGGAAUGAAAGGAGUGACCUCAAUCGAGGUCACCCCAAAGCAGAACAAGCUAACCGUGGUUGGGUACGUUGACCCGGAUAAAGUAGUGGCCCGUGUGGCCCACCGCACGGGAAAAAAGGCCGAGCUUUGGCCUUACGUCCCGUACGAUGUGGUGGCCCAUCCUUACGCGCCCGGUAUUUAUGACAAAAAAGCCCCUUCGGGAUAUGUUCGAAAUGCGGAGGAUCCACGCAUUUCGCAGUUGGCUCGAGCGAGCUCGACUGAGGUUAGGUACACGACGGCUUUUAGCGACGAGAAUCCCUCGGCUUGUGUCGUCAUGUGA